UCAUCACAAUCUUUCGCAUAUAUAACGAAGUGUAUGAUAAAUAAAUUCAGCAAUAACAAUAACAGGCCAGACGUGCGGAAGUAAUAUAUUACUAAGUGUGGAAAAUUUUUAGCGUUCGUAGUAAAGUGAAUUUUUCUUUUCAAGCUUGUGAUUGAGUUUGGCAAAAGCCAGUAACUAACUGAAUCAACUAUUGAAAUUUACACCAAUUUCCCACUGAAGAAUUGCAUUAUCUUGAAAAAAUAGUAAUGAUUAUAGUGAUUAUUACAAGUGCCCUUUUAGCAGUGGUACUUGCUGAAGCCGGUAAAGAUGUUGUUCUACUAACUCCAAAGAACGCAAACACAGGACCAAUACAUGGAGGUGGCGGUGGUCAUGAAUUAAGUUUUUCAUGUCCAUUCAACGGAGCUAUUACAGAUAUUAACUAUCGUGUCGGAUUGAAAGUGGAUCAACUUUCAUUUAUAUGCACAUCAUGGGCGGGUCGAACUACAUUUGGUCCGUAUGGCGGUGGUGGAGGCAGUCCAGGAAAUAUUGGGUGUCCUGAACGAUACUAUAUUAGCUCGAUAUACGGGAGGAGUGACGCUAGAUUAGAUCGACUCGGAAUUCGUUGCAGACAUGAUACUGAUAUGACCACGCAUGGAAUAGACAGUGGAAGCUUUGGCGGAAUGGGUGGAUCAGUCUUUGAUGAUUUGACCUUUUCCGCUGGUAACAGGCCCAUUGGAAUAACAAUUAGAUCCGGAGACUUUUUGGAUGCAAUUCAAAUCAAUUAUGGAAACACUUAUCUAGCUCCACUAUGCACUAAUUGCUAUCAAUAUAGAGAGGAAUGGGGACCAAAACAUGGUGGAAAUGGUGGAGGAAUGAACGCAUUCGCUUGUCCAAACGAAGGAGUUAUUACUGCUAUUGCGUACAGGGCUGGUUCUAUGUUAGAUUUCCUCCAAUUUACGUGUGUGUCUCUGUUAGGCCAAACCACUAUGCAACCGUAUGGUGGAGGUGGUGGCGGCACUCAAUAUCGAGAUAUCUGUGAGCCUGGUAUGUACAUCAACUCUAUAUUGGGAAGAAGUUCCAAUGGAAUCAAUCAGUUUGGAAUCCGGUGUGUCAGACCAGGAACCACUGGUGCGAGUCCUGGACGACAUGGUCACGGUGGUGAUGGUGGUGAACCAUUUGAUGAUCAAUAUUAUGCAUUACUUGGACAUAGACCAGUGGAAAUCAGAAUAUGGGCCGGAGCACAAAUCGAUGCUAUUCAAAUAAAAUACGCAAAUAUGCCAGUUCAUUUUCCUGAUUGGUAUCAAGGAGAACAACAGGGAGAAGAAGAACUUAGUGAUGUGUUUUAAUGUUGCCUGAUUUU